UGUGGGCUUCUCAGCUGGUGGGAGAGCACCUGGGAGGGUGGGAUCCCACAUCCAUCUGCCCACACCUAUUCCUUCUCCAGCUGUUUCUGCUCUCCAGCCCUUGUGCCUAACUACACCCAUUUUGCUGCUUUCCAGUCGGGUGCUGGAUGUGAUGGCAAAGCCUGGGGAGGCAUCUAAGCUCCAGAGGGAGUUAUAAUUACAGAAUCACAGAAUCACAGAAUGGCCAGGGUUAGAAGGGACCUCAAGGAUCAUGAAGCUCCAACCCUCCUGCCACAUGCAGGGCCACCAACCUCCCCAUUUAAUACUAGACCAGAUUGACCAGGGCCCCAUCCAGCCUGGCCUUGAACACCUCCAGGGAUGGACGGGGCAUCCACAGCCUCUCUGGGCAGCUGUUCCAGCACCUCACCACUCUCUCUGUAAAGAAUUUCCCCCUAACAUCCUACCUCAAUUUUCCCUCCCUCAACAUCAAAUCAUUUCCCCUUGUCCUGCAGUUAUCUAUCCUUUCAAAGAGUUAAUUCCCCUCCUGUUUGUAGGCUCCCUUUAGGCACUGAAAGGCUGCAAUGAGGUCACCCCACAGCCUUCUUUCCUCCAGACUAAACAAGCCCAGCUCCCUCAUUCUGUCUUCACAGGGAGCUGUUCCAGCCCCUGAUCAUCUUCAUGGCUCUCCCCUGGACCCUCUCCAACAGCUCCCCUGUCUUUUUUGUACUGGGGGUUCCAGACCUGGACACAGUACUGCAGAGGGGGCCUCACAAGAGCAGAGUAGAGGGGGACAAUCACCUCCCUGUCCCUGCUGGCCAGCCUUCUGAUGGAGCACAGGAUACCAUUUACCUUCCAAGCCACAAGAGCACGCUGCUGGCUCAUGUUUUGUUUUUCAUCUAUCAAGACUCCCAGGUCCCUCUCUCUCAAGGUCCCAGGUCCCCUGCUCUCAAGGAGCUCCUUCCAGUCUGUAAGGAUGCCUGGGAUUCCUCCAGCCCAAUGCCAAACUCUGCACUUUGCUGUGUUGAACCUCAUCAAGUUCACCCAGGCCCACCUUUCCAGCCUGUCACUCCAUCACCAAAGGCCUCCAGCUGGCCCUGCACCAGCACCCGACUUCGUGACAGCCCACGUGGUUCAACCAGAGAACCUACUGUGCCAGUAUCCAUCGCCCUUAUUAAAGAGAGCAAAAUGAGGCUGUGAAAAUCAGCUCCUUUAGUAAGAAAGGAAAUACAUUCUAAGACGGGGGUAGAAGAAGAGGAUGAGAAUGAAGCCAGGCCAUGACAAGAACGGCAGGAGGAAGAGGCAGAACUCAUAAAGGAGACGAGAAUCAUUUGACUCCUGAGCACGAGUGAGCUGAGAGAUAUGUGAAAAGACUUCAGCUGUCAUGCAGGGGAGCACUCUGACACUGGGAGAAUGGGGCCGCAAGCCUGGACUAGGCGGGCAGCAAAGGCAGGCAUCUGGGAUCCCUUUCACGGGCAGGGGGCAUUGGCAAAGCCCUUGGAAAUGAGGCACAAGCCUUCCCCUCGUGGAGGAGACUCUCUGUAAGGGCCAAGAGGGAAAGGAGUCCCUUCAAAGAAGAUCUGGUGUGUUACCCAGGCAAGCGGUCCACCGUGGGGAAAGGUGUGCCUGAGGGCACCAGCUCUUCUGGAGGUGAUGCAUAAUGCUGAAAAAAGAGGGGAGAUACAGACUGGCUGUUGGCCGGCAAUUGCUGAUUCUGAGGGUGGGGACGCACUGGAACAGUUGCCCAGGGCUGCUGCCAUCUUGCUUGGGAGCCUGGGACGCAUUCCGCCCCGAGGGGGUAACCGUGAUGUCACAGUGGUGGCAGGGAGCGGCCAUUGUGACCCGCGGGGCUGGGAGCAGAGCAAAGGCUGCCGGGCUCAGAGCGUGGUCAGUGCGGCCUGGUGAGGUGCAGAGAGAGCAGGGACUCUUCAAGUGCUCACCGUUGACGCGCAACAUGUCCAGUAGGAAGCGGAAGGCCCCCGACUCCGGGGAGCAAGUGUGCAUGCUGUGUCGCCGGGCGGAUGUCGACCCGAACAUCUGCGGGCGCACCUUUGCCAAGAGUGACCUUUGCGUGCAUGAGUUCUGCUUGCUUUUUUCUUUGAAGAAAAACACAUUCUUUGAAGAAAGCGACCCCUGGGAGGAAACGCUGUGCCUCCCCGUUGAGACCAUCAGAUGCAGAAUCAAGCAGGCGGACCAGAAGCAAUGCUUCGUUUGUGGCGAGAGAGGAGCCGCCAUCAGCUGCGCAGAGAGAGGCUGUGCACGCAGCUUCCACCUGCCCUGCGCCGCGGACGGUGAAUGCGUCACCCAGUUCUUUGGGCAGCACAGGUCCUUCUGCUGCGAGCACCGCCCGCGACAGGCAGCGGAGGCAGCUCCACCCCAAGGCACCGACUGCGUCAUCUGCCUGGAGCCCCUGGAGGACAGCACGUCCUACCAGACCCUGUGGUGCCCAGCAUGCAAGCACACCUGGUUCCACCGCCGCUGUGUCCAGGGGCAGGCCACGAACGCCGGCACCAUGUGCUUCCAGUGCCCCAUUUGUCAAGACACGGAGCAAUUCCGUGCAGAAAUGUCCACUCUGGGGAUCCAAGUCCCAGUCAGGAGACCAUCUUGGUGGGACGACAACACCUACCCAUCACUUCUGCGGAGGCACAGGCGCUGCGAUGUCAGCAAGUGCCUUUACCCAGGAGGCAGGGAGCAGGCAGAGGUGAAUGGGCCCUGGCAGCUGCUGCUCUGCAGCUCCUGUGCUGCAGAAGGGACCCACCGACAAUGCUCCUACCUGAGCAACAGAGUUAACAGCUGGGAGUGUGACAGCUGUGCUGGCAUAGGCACCGCCUCCAGCAGCAACACAGAGCGCGCCGGACCCAGCACCAACACGGAGCGCGCCGGCCCCAGUACUUCCAGCCAAGGGGCUCCGGAGCCUCCCCAUGGCUCCCAGGGACCGGAGAACAUCAGCUCCGGCUCCAGCAGCCAGGCAGCAUCAGGCCCCUCACACCGGUCCCAGCUGCCUGAGAACAGACGCCUGCCCAGUGAGCCUGGGACACGGCAGAGAGCAAUCGGCCCACGCCUCCCUGAGGAUCAGGAGGCAUCUCUGCGGCGCCGAGGACGCCGUGGGAGCGGCCGUGCAACAGCCCUGCGCACCAGCAGCAGCUCCUGCAGGUCCACCCGACAGAGGGCACCACGGCCCUCCAGCAACUCCCCGGUGGCUGCACCCAGAAGGAGCCCUAGGCAGCAGGGGACGGGCCGGGCACGAAGCCGCUCCCCGCUUCAAGAUCGGGCCUCACGUUCCCAGAGCCGGCCCAGAAGAAGCCGUGGCAGCAGACAAAUGCCACGCCGAGCUGCACAGAGCAGCACGCUCUGCUCAGCCGCCCCAGUGACAUCGAGGCCCUCGAGGGGUUCCCCGCUGCUGGGACACAGAAGACCCUCCAGGCAGCAAGGGAGGGCCCACACAUGA